CCGCGCUCUUUAUGUGUCUUUAGCAGACCGUCUCUGGCAUGAUCCCGGCGACCGCCUACCGACCUUGAGCACAUCAGCAACCACCUAUCUGUUCAAUCUACCUUGAUAUACACCGAAGUACGGUUAUGAGCAUGCGAUUCGCCCGCUUGUCAGCUCUUUCUACAUCCUUGUUGCGCCUGUGAAGUAAGUCGGUCACUCUUCUCAGCACGACAUCCGACCGUUUGUGAUCCAAAUGGCUCGUCUUAUUGGAAUGGGGUCUAUACUCCGAUCCGGUCUGAAUGCCUUCAUGCUAUUAGCAGUACUGGCAUCUCCAGUGAUUGCCCAGUUUUGCUCCUUUUGGAGCGGCAGCUGUCUCGAUGCUCUCGCCCAGACUGCGGUGUCUUUCACCUUUCCUCCUCUGUUUGAGGAGAACCUGAACCUUUACUAUGGAUUUGAUGCCAACUCCCGAGGCAAAGGCCAAGAGCCUAUGACCAAAGUCAGCUAUUGGCUGGGUUACGGAGCUUUGAUCAAUAACUCUAUCAUCAACGCCAAUCGAACCUCCGAGAUUGCCUUGCGGGUGGGAAACCUGACGGGCACGCCUUCGGGAUCCAACAAUGGCUGCGACGGUGUCUGGGGCUCACAGUGCUCUAGCGAUUUGAAAACGUUGUUGAAGCAGGCCUUGUAUGGCCUUACUACUAGUGGAGAUUACUACGGCCAUCCUCUGGAUACUGUGCUGAGUGAGAUGCUUGUCAAUCAGCCUGUCCUGUCCAAUUGUCCUCCGCCCCUUUUCGACGUUGCGGCCAUUCCUUCCAUCGCGUUCGCCCAAGAAACCGAUACCGAUCAGACUGCGACCCUUCAGACGUCGGGUUCUAGCAACAGUCCGUGGAAAACAUGGUUCAUUGACAACAUGAAUGCCAAUGACCAAGCCGCACAGGUUGCCGUUGCCAUCAUCAGCAGAGCUCCAUCAUACAACAGUGUGCCUCCACAAUAUGUGGAUGACAUACAAGUGGAGCUCGUUUGCACUCAAGCACCGUCCACGGGAAGUUCAUCGUCAUCGAGUCAGGGUUCUUGAUCUACAGUAGAAUGCGCCUUGCGUGGGAACAAUGAUAUGAACGAACACUUGGAAAUACACUCGCUGCAGAUUUGAAAUCACCCAGGGUUAGCUGGAAGAAACCCUGGUAUCGAUCGCAUCGCGA